AUGGCGUCGAGUGCGGAUUUAAUAAAUAACCUUCUGACGGAUUUGCAAUUUCCACGCAUUUUACUGCAAAAAUUGGACGUUUUAGAUUCUGGAAUAGGUAUACUAAGCCUUAUAACUAUUUCUGAAGAACAGUUAAGAGAUUAUUUACGACUUUUGGAUCUGGAAGACACUGAUUUUGAUUCAUCAUACUACUACGAGCUCUUGCAGUCCUGGAGAGUUCGAAAUAAGCCAGCUAUACAGCGCUUAGUGAAUUGGUGCAUAUACAAAGAUUUUGCAGCGGAACCACCUGCAACUCCGAAGGAAAUCAUUGACCCACCAGUCGAUGUUUCUUGCCGAGCGCCCUGUCAAUCCACAGCGUCGGUAAUUCGCACUGACAUACUCACAGAAAAACAGAUUUUUCAGGCCGCAGCGUCCGAUACAGCUUUAGUGCCACUGGACAUUUCAAGUGGGAACUGUUUUGUGAAAUCGACAUUACCUGCAGCCGAGGAAGAAAGAAUUAUUUCGCCAUCAUCUGGUCAAGCUACUUCUCGACUUAGCCCACCAGCAAUCAAUCAGAUUUCCGUAGGAGAACAAUCGCAGCCCUUGUCGUUAAUACUAUCUGAAAAUCGUGCACCGAUCGAGAAUCUAAGUUCGAACUAUUUUGUCAUUGGAUUAACAGAACCAUCGCCAGAAGCUCCCGACUCGACUUGCCAACUCGUCCCGUCAGCGGUUCGUCCUCAAGUAUCUGCAGUAGGACAGUCACAGGCACAGCACAUAGCACAAGCGCUCUCUGAGAAUGUUGUUGAAAUCAUGUUACACGAGGGUUCAUUGUAUUUGAUAGCACAAAUGUGGCGCGUAGGGCAAUACAACGAACAUUUCUUAGCAUAUCCAGCCAUAAAUAGGGUCAAGUUAGUCGAGCUAAUUGGUAUUGAUGUUUUCGACAGCCAGCCCAUAUCACUGCAUCGUAUUGAUAAUUCAUAUAAGUUUAGAGUUAAGAAUAAUUAUAAUGACAAUUUUUAAAACGUGUAUAAUAAAUAGAAAACAUAAUGUAUGUCCGUUGAAAUUUCCAAUAUUCAA